AUGUCUACAUACGAGGAUGAUAUUAACAAUGAUUCUGAUAAUAAUUUGGGUGAUGAUUUCGAUUAUAAACCGAAUGCACACCAUGAUGUUGAAGAUGACGAUGUUGAUUCGUUGGAUUUUACUAGCAAGAGUGAACACGAUUGUUGCAUUGGCUUUGUAAUGAGGAAGGAUGACGUCGUUAGGGAUAAGAAAUGUAAAAUCAUUUGCAGGCAACUUAUUUGCAAUAAAGAGGGCUACAGGAAUAUGAGGUAUCUUGAUCUGGAUAAUAGAUUAAGGGAGGCAAGGUCACUCACACGAACUAAGUGCCCAGCUCGACUUAAGGUAAAGGUUGACUAUGGCUAUGGUAGAUGGAAAAUAUCAUGUUUUGUGGAAUCUCACAACCACGAUUUGACCCCCCCAUUUGCAGAUCUCGUUCCAGCCAAUCGUCAUCUCACUAUUACUGAUAAAGUCCAAGUGGAGAAUCUUCAUAAUUUUGGUGUCAAGACGUGCCAUAUUAUGGGAUAUAUUGUAUUUCAGAAGGGUGGAUAUCAUCAUGCUGGCUUCACCCGCAAAAAUUUGUACAACCACAUUGAUCGUUAUCGUAGAUCAAAAGUAAAAAACAAGGAUGCCAAUGCAGCAAUAAGAUGA